CACCUGUUUUUGUACUCACCCAGCGCCCGCCACAGCCCACCCGGAGGCUUCGAGGGGCGGGAACGGGGUGGAGCCUGCCCGGCUCGCCCCUCGUGACGCCCCGCCCCGUCACGACCGCGCCUGCGCCGUGCACACCUACCGGCCUCGAGCGCCCCGGCGGGAGGUUUUUCUGUAUGAGUGGAGAAGACAGUUAUUGCCAGUAGAAGUGACACAACAUUUUUUAUGAUGUCUGAAGAUGAAGAAAAAGUGAAAUUACGCCGUCUUGAGCCAGCUAUUCAGAAAUUCAUUAAAAUAGUAAUCCCGACAGACCUGGAAAGAUUAAGAAAGCACCAGAUAAAUAUUGAGAAGUAUCAAAGGUGCAGAAUCUGGGACAAGUUGCACGAAGAACAUAUCAAUGCGGGGCGUACAGUUCAGCAACUCCGCUCCAAUAUUAGGGAAAUGGAGAAACUUUGUUUGAAAGUCCGAAAGGAUGACCUAAUACUUUUGAAGAGAAUGAUAGAUCCAGUUAAAGAGGAAGCAGCAGCAGCAACAGCAGAAUUUCUGCAACUCCAUUUGGAAUCUGUGGAAGAGCUUAAGAAACAAUUUAGUGAUGAAGAAACUUUAUUACAGCCUUCUUUAACCAGAUCCAUGACUAUUGGUGGAGAAUUUCACACUACUGAGGCUGAAGCUAGCUGUCAGAGUUUGACUCAGAUAUAUGCAUUGCCUGAAAUUCCUCGAGAUCAAAAUGCUGCAGAAUCAUGGGAAACCUUGGAAGCGGAUUUAAUUGAACUUAGCCAACUGGUCACUGAUUUCUCUCUCCUAGUGAAUUCUCAGCAGGAGAAGAUUGACAGCAUUGCAGACCAUGUCAACAGUGCUGCUGUGAAUGUUGAAGAGGGAACCAAAAACUUGGGGAAGGCUGCAAAAUACAAGCUGGCAGCUCUGCCUGUGGCAGGUGCACUCAUCGGAGGAGUGGUGGGGGGUCCGAUUGGCCUCCUUGCAGGCUUCAAAGUGGCAGGAAUUGCAGCUGCACUUGGUGGUGGGGUGUUGGGCUUCACAGGUGGAAAAUUGAUACAAAGGAAGAAACAGAAAAUGAUGGAGAAGCUCACUUCCAGCUGUCCAGAUCUUCCGAGCCAAACUGACAAAAAAUGCAGUUAAAAACCACAUUUUGGUAUUAUUGGCGCCAAUGUCUAUUCUAAUGAGGACCUUUGCUGCUGUUGGACACUUAGUUUUUGAAAUCAAGUAUAUCAAGACAGCAGCCCUACAAGUGGAUGCUCACGCAAGUUUGAACUGUGAUAAAACAUAGUUUGUUGUUUGCUGGGGUAUGAAUGGAAAUGUUAGAGAUUGAGGAGCCAAGGCUGAGGCUGCAUCAUUUCUGUUAGGUAAAGUUUAAAGACUGCCAAAGAGCAAAUUUUCUGCCUGGAAAUGUGAAACCUCUGAUAAUGACUUAAGAUAUGUAAAAAUGUUGAGUUAUGGAAGGAACUGUUCUAUUAUUCUGAAUUAGAGACCUUAACACCAAGUAUAUUUCUAGAUUAUUUAGGCCUUUUGGCAAGGAAAAGAAUGGGAGUUCGGAAGCCUUUCUUACCAUUACCAGAUAGAGAAAUCAAGACCUGGUAAGGGCACAGGUGGACUACUUCAUGGAGUCCAUUAAGGGAGCCCUAGAGCAGUUUGGUCCAACUGUGUAUUCUGGUGAAAGAAAUUUAAAGUGUUAAGAAAAUGGAAAGGCAGGCACAGCUUCUCUCUCAAAUAUCUCCAUUUAUGACACUAGCUUUUCUGAACUCCUCUGCCUUUCUUAAAUAAAAAACACACUCUCAUGUGAUAGGAUACUUACUAAGCCAGUCACCAAGCUUGCUUUGUCAGCCAACCUGAUAUAACAUGGCAAAGAUCUGGUGUCCUUUGCCUUCCCAUCCUUUUAAUUGUCGCCUGUUCUUUGGUUUGUGGGGUAAUUCUACCCUUAUAUAAUGAGCCGUUUCCUCUUGAUCUGCCUUCUCAUAAUGUCUCUUAUCUCUCUUCAUUCUUUUCUGUAACCUCUAGGUUUAAAAAAAAAAGAAAAUGAAAUGUAUUUCCAAUGUUGGUAGAGUUUGGGCUAAAAUGAGUGGGGUGUAGGUAAGGAUGUCAGACCAUUUCAUGGGAUGUCUUCCAAUUUCUAGGGGCUAAUGUGUCUACCGCAUGGGGUUUCUCUGACCCUAUUUUCUCUUUAGCUGGCCUUUGGGAGAGCUAAGAACUAGCUUCUACCUCAAUUCUAUUACCACUGUCCUUUUUCUAGGCUUUGGUAUUUGAUGCUUUCCUUGACUUUUCAUGUGUUGCUGUUUCUUCCCAAGAAUGGUGUUCAUACUUCCCUUUUCUCACAGUUGUUGAAAGGCAAAGCCUAGUGCCAAGACUCAGACCGAAUGCAGGAUUUGUGGUGCUAAUCCUAACGUUUGACAUUGACAACAAGCAUGGUCCAGCCCAACCUCAUGUCUAUCUCAGACAGCAAAGUGUUUAAAUUUAAAAGAAAAAAGGAAUUUAAGAUUAUAGGCAACUUCAUUCUACACCCAACUCUUUUGGAAAAGGAAGGAACUAUCUUUUGCCUUACUGUUUAUUCUGAGGGAAGAACGGGCACCUGUACCCCAAAAGGUGGAGCUGUCUCUGCCUGGGAGCAAAGGUUUAUCAGGGAGUCAAAUGGUUUAUCACUUAACUUUUCACUUCUGUGUCUAAUCUAUAGACCUUUUUCCCUCAUUCCUUUUGAAUCUCACCAAUGAAUUCUAGUGAGACAAAGCACUACUUCUCAUACUUAAGUAACCUGAAAGUAUCAAGUAUUUCUACCUGCUGACUUAUAUCUCUAAUAAUAUUACCAAGAAGGAAAUACUUUGAAUAAGUAGCAGAUUCUGAUCCAGUAUCUGAUAUUAGAUUCCUUUUUGGUUGGGACAGUUGCUUUUGAAUUCUACCAUUUUUCUAUUUUCUGGUCCUUGUCAUCCCUUUAACACAUGGUAUUCAAACAUAAAUGAGACUCAAAACUCAGCCAGGUGCUAACUUAAAACAAGAUUCCUAAAACUCAGUCCCAUAGGUGAUUCUGAUAUAGCCAGUCCAGCCUGGUCAGCUGAAAUUAUAACUCUAAGGUAUAGCUGUUAAAGUAUUCAGCUGUAUCACUUAAUUCUGUGAUUUCCAGUAUUAUACUCCUCUUCACUACUGCCUAUUAUUCCACUCCGCCAACCCCAAAAUUAGCUCUACUUAGAACUGAACAUCUUAGCAACAAUACUAGGGACUCGAUAAUGUAAGGCUGGUUUCCUGAAGAGGAGGCCUGUAUUUGAAGCAUACAUUUUGUUUGGGGAUCUCUCAUUUUUACUGAGCCAGUGUGGGACACCUCUAUAUGUGCACUCAUACAAGCUUUUGACUUUUUCUGCUCAUCAGAUAUGGAAUAUUACACUAGCAGUCUUAAUGCUUAGGCAAGGUACAGUCCUUCAAAAAAGUUUUGUAAUUUAAAAUUAUUUAGAAAUUGUAUCCUGUUUUAGUGAUAGAAACUGUCAACUUUUAGUAGAAACUUAUAGAAGUGAUUAAUAAACUAUACAUGACAUGCAUAUAAACUUCAAAUUGUUUAUAAAUCCAUCUGAUACAGAAAUCAAUCUUAAAAUUUCAUUUAGUUUCCUAUAGUAUUAAGUUUAUCUUUUCUAUGAUUCAUGUGUUUUUAUUGCAGGAAGUAAGGAACACUCUGUAGAGUGUUAAAAUUUGUAGGGGCUCAUCUAGAUAAAGGCAGCACUCUUAGGGACUUGUUGAUGUAAUUGAGAAUUUCUCUGUAGAACAGAGACUUUGAAACUUUCGCUGCAACCCACAGUAAAAACUGCACUUACGUAAAUACUCAAGAUAUGCAUAAGGAAACACCACUUACUGUUAUGAAAAGGGCAUUCUGAUGCUUUUAUUGUUUCACUUUUUAAAAUAAGCCAGUUGCGACCCACUACAUUGAUUUAAUAACCAACAAUGUGUUGCUACCCUUAGUUUGAAAAAACCACCCUUACAGAGGAACUGACAGUUACUGAAGACCUUCUGGUGCCAGGUACUUCCCUAGGCAUUUUGCAGGUACGGAAACUGAGCUUCCGAGGAACUGAAUAGUGUACAGAGGGUUACUCAGCACCAAAGACGUGAGCCCAGACGUUAACUAGGUUUGUUGAACUGCAGAACUCUCACACUGUGCUGCUUCUCUACACACAACUGAGGUGGGUCCUUGCUCUGCUUUACACAAACACCCACACAGGCUGCAAGGUAGGCUUGGAAACUACGUAACUCAUUCAUUUGCACUUUUAAAACAAUUGUUUUCCUAAAUCUCCUGACUGCUUGCCAAGUGUCCAACAGCCCCCGAAAUUGUAGUGGUGGCUGAUGCAGCAGUGCUUCAUGCUGAUUCUGGACCCUGGGCUGUAACUGUCUCCACCCACUCGACCAUCUUAGAGAGUUUCUUAGAAUUUCCUCAUACUCCUGGGUUAUAACCAUUGUUAAAACAGUGCUUUUUAGACAAUUUUAAAAUAAAUUUUAAUGCUUUUUAUGACAAAUGUAACUCAUAGAGUCAGGUAAUUAUUUAAAUGGAUACUCUUGGGUAGCCAAGGACUUAGUGUAGUGACAUUAGGAUUACACGGACCUUUUUUUUUUUUUUUUUUUUUAAGAGUUUUCCUUUGGAAUUGGUUCCAAAGACAUUUUGCAAAGCACAUAAGAAAGGCCAUCUCCAUUUUUAUUAGUCACAGACCAUACUCUCUGAUCCUUAUGACUGCACUUCCUUCCUCAGUUUGUUUUCUUCUGCUGGCCUAAAUCUCUCCAGGUGUCUUUAGGAGCCAGUGUCCUAAGAUUGCUUAAAACUGACCAGAGCUCCUGGGGAAGGACCAUGAGGUUUUACUGCAUGGCGUUCUGUAAAGUGAGAAUCCCCUAAGUCCCAAAACCGCUGUCUGUGGGCUGCUGCCUUCCCUCAUUUGCUUCAAGGAGCACUUAGACAGGAGUAAGGACCAGAUCCUGCAAAUACCAAUCACAAGAAGCUGAAGGAACAUAAAUACAUAACAAACAGGAUUUUUCUCCCAUAAAGUACAGAAGCCAAACCACACUUCACGUCAGUUUGUAAAAUGAAGGCGUUUGUUUCUCAGGGUCCCACUGCCCUUCGUUGCUGCUGUGUGAAACCCUCAGGAGGGGGGAGGAAGGGAAGCCCGGGGGAAGGUGCUCCUGGGAAAUGGGUCAUUUCUUGACAUGAAGUAGAGUGGCGGGAGCACGCAGGCACCCUGGAUGUUAGCUAACACUUGUCAGUAGUCAGAGGCCCGGGGGCGGCAGGCAAGCUUCCCCUCUAGCCUAAGCUCAUAGGAAAUGCUAAGGUUUUGUUUGUGUUUUUAUUGGCGCUUUCUUUCUAAGAAGUGGUUCUCACUAUUUAGUCACUAAUCUGACACCCUUUUACAUAAACUUUUGGGGUAUCAAAUAAUCAAUGGUAAAAGAUUCACUUAGUGUCUAACCUACUCCUCUCAAGGAAAUUAGUUUAUUGUGUUAGGCAAGAAAUGGAUCUCUGCAAUAUUAAUGAAAGAAAGAAAACAUGAAAGGUGCCAAAUCCAAAGAGCAGUUCAAAAUUACAUAGUUGGCACGAGAGCUAGAAUUAUGGUCUAAGAAAAAAAAAAUCCCUAAAGUAAUUUGAGUUUUAGCUGUGCCUUAUCAGGUUGCCUGCUGAGGCCUGUGGUCUUUUGGAUCAGCCUUAGCAUCCCAAAUCAGCUGUAACAGAGAGAGAACUGGAUGGGGGAGCCCCGAGAGCAGAGUGUUCUAGUUUGGGCUCCAUCACGUAAAGCUUAUUAUCAGGGAUGACGGCCUUUGGGAUUCCCCUAGUGCUAGUGUUGGUCACCAACCUGACUCCCUCCAUUUUUUUUUUUUUUUUAAGAUUUAUUUUAUUUAUCUGAAAAGCAGAGUUAUAGAGACAGAAGGAGGGAGAGCGAGCAAGCGAGCGAGUGCUUCCAUGCACUGGUUCACUCCCCCAAAUGGUCACAAUGGCCAGGGCUGGGCCAGACCAAAGCCAGGAGACAGGAGCUUCUUCUGGGUCUCCCAUGUGGAUACAGGGGCCCAAGCACUUUGUUUUUAUCUACCCUGGUCCUGUCAAUUUUACUUUAAAUUUGAGUCGUAUCCAUUUCUAAAUAUAUCCUAGUCAUCACUCUAGUAGCAGACUGUUGCCUUACACCCCUAUAGUUGAUCUUCCUCAACUUUGAAGCCCCUCAGUUUCUUACAUCACUGCCAUAGGACUAAGAACCAAGUCCAUCUUUCAUUUUUCUGCAGAAAAUUUUUCAGUGGCUCCACUUGAAUACCAAAUAAAAUUCAAAUCCCUUGGACUGACAUUCACAGUCUUCCAUAUUCUGGUCCGGUAGUGCCACUGACAAAGAGAUAUUCUACAAGAACGAUUUUAGGGUUUUCUAUGGUGAAGGCACAAACUCACAAUAAACUAUGUUUACAUUCUCUGGCCUAAAAUAUUUUCUUUGUAAUACUUAUUUUGCAAAAGCAGUCACCUGAAAUCUUUUUAAGCUCUUGUACAGGCCUAAAACAUGCUUCCUAAAGAAAUACUGUUCCCCAAAAGAAACUACAUUCAAUUUCUGAACCUUGAAAACAUCUUAACCUUCAGACAAUGUCAAUGUCAAUGUCGUCACCUGUGCACCUCAGAGGCAAGCAUGAGAAUUCAUCAGCAGCAUAAUUAACCCAGCCUUGGAUGGACCAUUGUCUAACCCCUGUGAAAACUUCACUCAUACCAUAUAUGAGAAAGGCAGUCAGCAGUACACAAUUUGCAUACCCUUCUCCAGCACUUGACAUGUUUUUACAGUAAGAAGAUGUUUACUUGGGUUUCACUAAUUAAGCCCCCUAAAGAUGUCUUCCGUUUUGCUGUUAGCCAGAAUCCGCACAGGAAAAGCCCAAUGUUGAGAAUCCCCACAAAUUCUGUAAAGGUUACUGAAUCCAUUUGUCAUGCAUUAUGUUGCCAAGUGGUGCUUGAAUAAGGAACCAUGCAAUAAAUUCAUUGAAUAUUUAA